AUGGCCCUAGACGACCUCUACGGUCCUGCAAAUGACUCGGAAUCACAAGACGUAUCUCAGAUCAAGGACAAGGACGACGAGCAAAGGAGUAGUUCAGUCGUUCUUUCUCCUUCAAGCUUCAAGCCAUUAAACCAUCGCCGAACUGCACCCAAACACAAUGAUGCUGGAAAGUUCGAAUGCCAAAACUGCCAUCAAAUUUUUGAUCGCAAGUGUGAAUGGAACAAACAUAUGGACAAGCAUGAACGGCCAUACAAAUGCGACAAACCGCAAUGCGCCAAGUUGCUAGGAUUCACAUACUCAGGUGGUCUUCUGCGUCACGAACGCGAGGUCCACGGCAUGCACGGCGGGCCCAAAGAACAACUCUUUUGCCCUAUCAAACACUGCAAACGGCACACAGAGCAAGGAUUCACACGACGCGAGAAUUUGCAGGAGCAUCUACGCAGGGUGCACAAGCUCCAAGAUGUCGAGAGUGUUGAAGCCGCUGCGCAGGACGCACUCACACCCAGGACUGCGCCCUCUGAUCACGAUUCUGACGACGACAACCGAUCGACGAAGCGUAAGCGCACUAGUAUUGUAAGCCAGAGUGAGGAUGUGCCGGAAGAGGACAUCAAGACACAGCUCAAGAAAUUGCGACUUGAGAAUGCUGAAUUGAGGGGCAUGAGCGAACGUCAACGGGCCGAGAUCCACGAGAUGAGGGAACAGAUCAGACACCUUGCAGAACAAGUCGCAGCAACACAAACCGUACAACUUCCUCGCUGGCGCCCAAACGGAACUGGAUGA